AUGUCCAUCAGCGAAUACCCCGCUAACGCCCCCCACUUCCGCCGCAUCCUUGAGCACCCCGCCAUGCCUCGCAUCUCCGGCUACCAGAACGGAGUCGCCCAGGGAUGGGCCCCCAAGCUCCACACCUAUCUCCGCCACAACCGGCGCGUCCUGCGCACCCAGAAGCCGUCACUGCGCCACAACUAUCGCGCAAGUGUUUGGGCCGCGACUACCGUCAACUACGGUCCCCAGACCGUUUGCCUCCCGCACAAGGACUUCGCGAAUCUCCCGUGGGGUUGGUGCCCGAUCACAGCGCUGGGCAACUACGACUACAAGCGCGGGGGGCACCUAGUGUUGUGGGAACUGCGCUUGGUGAUUGAGUUCCCGCCGGGUUCGACGAUCGUGAUACCGUCGGGCAUACUCACACACUCCAAUGUCCCUGUAGGCCCGAACGAGACGCGUUACUCAAUAACGCAGUAUACUGCAGGUGCGCUCAUUCGGUGGAUUGACCAGGGCUUUCAGACAAAGGAGGCGUUCCUCGCCAGCCUGAGCCCGGAGGAGCGAGCAGAGGAGGUGGCGAAGGCCAGUAUGCGCUAUCGCAAGGGCCUUGCCAUGUACUCCACCCUCACGGAGCUCCGCUCGCACAGCGACGGUACGGAUAGCGACUCUGAUCUCACCGAACUCGAGGAUAGUGACUCGGACCUGACCGACUUGGAGGACAGCGAUUGA